AUGCCGUCGGCCUUUUUCAAGCAGAGCAUGACGGUGGAUGCCUACUCGCUCAUGCUGGAGCUGCCGGACUUCUGGGAGCUCCUCCUGACUCCGAAGGUGCUGCUGGUGCAGACGGACGCGUGGAUUUGCAACGGAGCUCGGGAGCUUCAGAAGCAAUUGGUGCGCGCCACGCUGAAGACCUUGGACGAGGCGGAGCUGGGCCGCCAGAGCGAGGCCGUGUGCCAGCGCCUGGUGCGCAGCCGUGCCUUCAGCGCAAGCCGCCGCAUCGGCGUCUUCCUGGCUAUGCCGCGGGGAGAGAUCCGCACGGAGCCCAUCCUGAAGGAGGCAUUCCUGCAAGGCAAGAGCGUGUACUGCCCACGGGUGAUGGGCGAAGGGUGGAUGGAGUUCUUCGAGGUGAGGAGCUGUGAGGAAGCCGCGCAGCUGCCCCUGUCCAAGUGGCAGAUCCCGGAGCCCCUGGAGACGAGUCCUCGCGUGGAGCCCUGGGACCUGGAUCUGCUGCUGCUGCCCGCCGUGGCGCUGGACCUGCGCCGCCGCCGCUGCGGCCAGGGCAUGGGCUUCUACGACCGCUACCUCCAGCGCGCCAAGCGCCACGCAGACGCAAGGCCGCCGCUGCGUGCCGUGGGCAUCGGCCUGGCGCAGCAGCGGGUGGAGGAGGUGCCCUGCGAGGAGCACGACGAGCUGCUGGACGCCGUCAUCUUUCCAGACUGCGAGGAGUUUUCCGAGGAGCUGAAAGCGGAAGAGCCAGCUGCCUGA